AUGGAGUCCUUCGCCGCCCUGAAGCGUCGGACCACCGACCUGCUCCAGAACCUCCCGCAGUCCAUCCCCAACCCCAUCAAGGGCCACGGCGGCCAGCACCAGCAGCAGUCAAAGCACGGCCGCCGCCCCGCCAUGAAGGGCACCUGGGAGCGCAUCGCCAUCCCCAGCCUGCCCCGCUCCUCGCACUCGCUGGACGUCGUCGCGGGAACGGCCUACGUCUUUGGCGGCGAGGCCCAGGAGGGCGGCGCCGCCGUCGACAACGACAUGCACGCCAUCGUCCUGCCCUUCAGCAGCGCCCCCGCCGACUACUACACCAUCAAGGCCGUCGCGGCCCCUCCGCCCAUACCCAUCAUCCAGGAGCCGGCGGUUCCGGAGGGCGACGACGACGGGGAACAGGAGGACAAGCCCGACGAGCUGGAGACCAACGUCCCCGUCGGCGAGGGUGGCGCUGCUGCCGAUAGCAAGGAGCUCAGCGAGGUCGACCUGACCUCUGGCGCCGGCGACGAGACGCCCACGCAAGCUUCCUCCUCCGCCGCCGCCGCCGCCGCGGCAGACAAGGGCAAGGGCAAGGCAGUCGCCGCGCCGGAGCCGAUCUCGCUGGGUGACGUGCCGGCUCCGCGCGUCGGCCACGCCACCGCCGUCAUCGGCAGCCGCAUCUUCGUCUUUGGCGGCCGCCCCGGCGGCGCAGAGGAGGAGCCCCUCGACGAGCGCGGCCGCGUCUGGGUCUUCGACACCAAGUCGCACCAGUGGUCCGCGCUCGACCCCGCGGCGCCCUCCCUGCCGGACCCCAUCGCCCCCGGCGCCGUCACCUCGCCCGUGCACACGGCCCACUACCCGGCCGCCCGCAGCGCGCACUGCGCCGUGGCGACGGACAAGCCCGAGGACUUUGCCGCCGACGACGGCGCCAGCAGGAGGCGGAAGAAGAAGCCCGAGACGUGGAGGGAGUGGGCCGAGGGCGACUCGGCCGAGGUCGGCACGCCGCAGCGGCCCAUCGUCGGCAACGUCGGCGCGCGGGCCCGCGACCACGACGCCGACGGGUACGGCACCUUGAUCGUGCACGGCGGCGUGCUGGCCGGCGGGCGGCGCGCGGGCGACACCUGGGCCUUCGACGUGCGCUCCCGCGUCUGGCAGGAGCUGCCCCGCGCGCCGGGAGCGCCCCGCGCCGGCGCCGGCAUCUGCAUCAGCAAGAGCAGGCUGUACCGCUUCGGCGGGGAAGAGGCCGCGGACCACCAUCGCCAGAUCGAGUUCCUCGAGCUCGGGGUCGACACUUUCGACGACAGGAGCACGGCCCAGGGCGAGGUCACCCUCUCGGCCCGCGGCACGUGGCAGACGCUGCUCGGCGGCGGCGGCGAGACGGCGUCACGCCCUGCCGCCGCGGGCGACAAGACGGAGGAGGAACCCACCUCGCCCCUCAAGCGAGGCGCCUCGUCCUCGUCGGAUGGGGAGGACGCUAACGGCGAUGACUGGCCGGGCGCCCGGUCCGCGGCGGGUAUGCAGGUCGUGACCACGGGCGGCGGCCGCGAGUACCUCGUCCUGCUGCUGGGCCAGAAGUCCGACGGCAGCGGCAGCGGCAGCGGGUUCUGGGACGACGCGUGGGCGUUCCAGGUGCCGCCGCUGGGCAUGAGCGCCGCGAGCGUGACCGACGCCGUCCUGCACGCGCUCGGGCGCCGGUCGGGCGAGGGGACGUGGACGCGCGUCGAGACGGCGCCCUACGACGACGAGGACGACGACGCCUCGGCCGGCGGGCCGGGAGCGAGGGGCUGGGUCGCCACGUCGCCCAUGCUCGAGCUCGAGGAGAACGGCGUCGUGGUCUUUGGCGGCCGGGACGGGUCCAACACGAGGCUCGGGGAUGGGUGGAUCUUUAGGCUGGGUUGA